CCAUUCCGCCAUUUCAAAUCGUAUCUUUUUCUACGCAGAGAAAUAGCGUUCGAUUAAUCAAUCAAGUUGAAUAUAUACGGAACAAGAUGUCGGAAAUGAUUGAAUUGAACUGGAUGAUCUGCAACAAGUGCUUCGCCCCGUUCUACAGAGGAAAGCGUCCCUAUCACGUCACCCAGUGUGGCCAUAUUUCCUGCCAUAAUUGUUUGCAGCAAGUCGAGCAGCAAUGUCCGCAAUGCCAGCAUGGCACCAUGACGCUGGCCCUGGAGGAGCCGCUGAUGCCGAGGUUGAUCCCGUAUUUCCAGCCGCUCGCCGAGACUCUGGAAAUGCUGUUGAAAAUCAACACGUUCCGGGACAACCAGAUGAAAAUAUUGAGCCAGCGCUUCAUUGAACUUGAUAAGAAGUACGAGUUGCUGAAGACCCGAUAUUGGCUGAUCCAACGCAAUUUUAAGGCAUUGACGGAAAAGUACAUGAGCGUGAAGAACGAUAAGGAAAACCUUGAGAAGAAGCUGAUGGUCUAUCAGAUGCGUAGAGUAACUCCGCGGUCUGCAUACCGCGGGAUGGAAACGCCAUCCGACUCCGGUAUCUCAUCUGUGCCGAUCUCUCAAUCCGACCGAUCAAGGUACUCCAUGGAAUCGUUGAAUCGUCCAAAAUCCAAAACACCCAUGGGGUCGAUAAUAGAUCUGAAUAGAAUGGAUCUGAAUAGGAACGAAUACAGAUCUGUUGAUGGUUUUCGCAUACCCUUCAACCGUAAACCUGCGCGAUCUAUGGAUACCCAAAAUAUGUUAUCUUAAAUUAGUUGGAUAACAUAGUUUAAUACUUUUAUAACAAAGAAAUACAUUUUUUCUCUUCGUUUAUUACUCUUUCAUAAUUAUUAUUAUCUCGAGUUCGCAGUGUCAUUUAAUUUAAUUUAUGUACAAGCGAGAACGCGAACUUUC